AUGGGCCCGACUUUGAAGGCCGACCAGCGAAAAAAACGCAUCACGAGAGAUAUCAGAUCUUUGGACGUUUGCGAUUCGACUGAUUGCAGCGAUCGCGUCGAAAAAGAUGACUUGUCAGAUUUGUGCAUCGCCUUUGUGACCACGUCGUGGGGUGCCUCAGAAUCCGACGAAACGUCGUUUCCAAUGGAAGCCUUUACCAUUGCCACCCCAUCUGCGACAGUGGGUCGCACAGUGGCAGCACCACAGGCGAGCGCGGGCAGGUCCAAUCUUCGACAGGUAUCUGCAAUCAGCAGCAGCCGAAGCAGUGGCUUUGGGCCCGCAGCCUUUGCCACAGGUGCAGCAGUGGCCCUGGCUGCAUCCGCCUCCCGGCGUCGAAGCACCGGAAGCGUCUUGCGCCGAACACGAAAUCACCAGGUUUCUGCCGUGGCGAUGCACGGCACACCCGUGUGUGCUGGGGUGGUCAUCACCGGUGGUGCCGCUGGAGUGGGCUUUGCUUAUGCAGACGAAUUCCUGGCACGGGGACACCAGGUGGUCAUUUGCGAUGUCAAGGAUUGCUCUGACGCGGUGGAAUCCCUGAAGAAGAAGCACGGAGAGAAAGCAAGCAUUUUUAGCACCGUGUGCGAUGUGUCGAACAUCGAGAGCAUCAACAAACUGAUUGACUUUGUGAAGGACAAAAUUGGAGUUGUGCACUACUGGAUCAACAAUGCAGGCAUCAACGGUGGCCGAAGACGCUUCACCGAGAUCAGCCCUGAAACGGUCGAGGCCGUCAUUCGUGUGAAUUUGGGUGGAAUCCUCCUUUGCACCCAUGCUGCAAUGCGCGUGAUGGAGCAACAGGCUGGAGUUGAAAGCCACAUUUUCAACACGGUGGGCAGCGGCGUCAAGGGUGGUGGCACUCCAGGCUAUGUGGCCUAUGGCGCCACCAAGCGAGGCUUGCCGCAGAUGACGGAGUCCUUGGUGAAAGAAUUGGAGGACAGGGGUAUGAUGCCGUGGAGACUCCCGGGAAGGUGA